UAUUCCUUUGUAAUAAAGGAAAACCUGGAGACCGGUCUUUGCAGACUGCAUUUAGUUCAGUUUAGUUUCACCACCGGCACCCGUUGGUGAUACACAAGUGAUGAGAAUGUUGGUUCUAUUCCUGGUAGGGUUGGCUGGAGUACAUGGAGAAGUUCUAAGCUAUGAUCUUCCCUCCCCCUGGAGCUAUACCUGUGAUAAUAACUCAAACCCUGGAGGUCAUCCUAUACCUGCAAGAUGUGUGAAGAUGGAGGGUGAGGGACCUGAGGACAAAGUUGGAUUGAAUGCCUGCAAGAUGACCUGCGGAGAGUUUGGUAUGGUUUGGCCUAGACCGGUCAGCAUGGUUCACUCCAAACAGCUGAUUAAUUUUCUACCUGAAGAUCUCACAUUUGUCUCCAACUCCAGUAACAGUGAGGCAGUCUCCAACAUGGUGAACAAGUUCAGCGAAGUGUUCAAGGAGUACCUGUUCAUGAAGAGCCCGGAGUACGCUGGCAACUUUAUCAACCCCUUCUCCAGCAAGCCAUUCUUAUCCAACUCAGAGAUUAAGGUUACAGUAGAAGUAGAAUCUGCAGAUGUAAGUUUUACAACUGAGACUGAUGAGAGCUAUUCUGUAGAGAUAAAACGUGUAACUGGGAAGAGAGAUAUGGAAUCUCUAAUUGUGAGUGUAAAGGGUAAAACCUACUACGGAGCACGUCAUGGAUUAGAAACGCUUUCUCAAAUGAUCAGUUUUGAUGAUAACACAGAAACUCUUCAGAUCUACUCUUCAGCAAUGGUUGAGGAUAAGCCAUCUUUCCGCCACCGUGGUUUGCUGGUAGACACCUCCAGGAACUAUAUCAAGAAGAGCACCCUCAUGAAGAUUAUCUCUGGGAUGUCUUAUGACAAGCUCAACGUGUUCCACUGGCAUAUCACAGAUACCCACAGUUUCCCGAUGUACUCGCGCAGCGUUCCGCAACUCACUCUCUACGGAGCCUACAGCUCAAGGAAGAUCUAUAGUCCUCAAGAUAUCAAGGAGAUAGUGGAAUAUGCUAAACUUAGAGGAGUUAGAGUUCUUCCAGAGUUUGAUGCUCCGGCUCACGUUGGCAACGGUUGGCAGUUCGGAGAGAAAGAAGGUAAAGGAAGACUGGCUGUAUGUGUUAAUCAGGAACCCUGGCAAGAGUUUUGUGUUGAACCCCCUUGUGGACAGCUAAACCCAGUAAACCCCAAUGUGUACACUACCCUCGGUAAACUGUAUGAAGAUUUCUUUGAGAUGUUUGAUACUGACAUUUUCCAUAUGGGGGGAGACGAGGUGAAUCUAAACUGCUGGAAUACAUCGCAAGAAAUUAGAGACUAUUUGGAGGAACGGGGUGAGGUUGGAACUGAAGAGGAACUUGUGGAAUUAUGGAACGUAUUCCAAACACAGGCAGCUGAGAAAGUGUACACUGCAGCAGGGAAGAGCCUCCCCCUGGUAUUAUGGACCUCCAGACUAACAGAGAACGGGGAAGUUGAGAAGUAUCUCAGUAAAGAUGAUUAUAUCAUUCAAAUCUGGACUGCAGGAGACGAUGCUGUGAUCUCUGAGCUGAUAAACAAGGGGUACAGGGUGAUAUUCUCCAACUCUGACGCCUGGUACAUGGACUGCGGGUACAGCAGCUGGGUGGGAGAAGGGAAUAACUGGUGCAGUCCGUACAAGGGUUGGCAGAUUGUUUACGAAAACUCACCUAGGAAAAUUUACAGAGCCCAGGGUGGGAAUGCGGAGAAUGAACAUCUUAUAUUAGGCGGAGAGGCAGCUAUGUGGACCGAACAGGUGGACGGUGAGGCAGUUGUUCACAAGCUUUGGCCCAGAGCCUCCGCCCUGGCGGAGAGACUCUGGUCUGAUCUGGAAACUGAUUGGAAGCAAGCGGAGAUCCGAAUGGUUACUCAUCGUGAAGACCUUGUUGCCCGAGGUAUCCAGGCAGAUGCCCUACAGCCUGAGUGGUGUAAUCAGAACGAGGGUCUCUGCUACCUCAAGAUUGAUUAAAUUCAUUAUUCUCUACAUUAGAGCAUUUGAUUGUAAAGGGACUGUAGAAGGAAUUUUUCAAGUGACUCGAUACUUGUAGACUGUAGAGUGGCAUGUCUGAUUUA